AUGGAGAGCCCGUCGAAGCGGCGGAAGAAGAAUGACUCGAAACCUGCCCCGGUCUCCCAUCGGAAUCUAGACUUCUUCUUCCGCAAGCAGUCCAGUCUACCACAAGCAGUGCUCAAUGGGACGCCCCCUGGUAAAGACGUCCGGAGCGAGCAGGACCAGUCCACCUCCGAACAAUCCCUCACGGACGAGGAGCUGGCUAGGAAACUCCAAGCAGAAUGGGAAAAUGAAGACAAUGAGACGCAGAAGCAAGAGCGGGCAAAUGAAUUAGAGACAGGCCCGAAACCAGAUCAUGUUGAAGGCACGCCGCAUGAAGCCAAGGAGAAUGCUAGGGAAUUCCUCGCUGAAGCCCUAGACAAACCCUUAGCUCAGGCGAAGCCGCCAGAGAAUGCCAACAAGACCAGUUUCCUCGGUCUGCAAUCUACCUCAUCUGAUGAGGAUGCCAUCACUCUCACCAUACCCUUUGAUCAGAGCCCUCUCAUUUUCGACCCAGGCCAGUACAUCCCCGCUCUAAGAAAGCAGUGGGAUACUGAGGGAGGAGACGCAUUCUACGCUCUCUUGACCCGAUGUUUUGUCCUCGUCAACUCUACACAGAGCAGAAUUAAGAUAGUAGACACCCUUGUGAAUUGUCUACGAGUGAUCAUUGAAGCUGACCCCGAGAGUCUUCUUCCUGCCGUCUGGUUAGCGACAAAUUCCAUCUCACCUGCCUACAUCUCUCUCGAGCUUGGACUUGGUGGCUCGGCCAUUUCAAAGGCCCUGAAGAAAAUCUGUGGUCUUGACGGUGCAGGCUUGAAAACACUCUACGAUAAGCACGGCGAUGCUGGAGAUGUGGCGUUCGAGGCUAAGAAGAGACAGAGCUUCACUCUGAGGAAGCCUAAACCUCUUUCCAUCAAGGGUGCAUAUCAGACUCUGGUGAAGAUUGCCAACAGCAAAGGCCAUGGAAGUGUUGAGCAAAAGCAAAGACUUGUGGAACGACUGCUACAGGAUGCCAGAGGUCCAGAAGAGAGCAGGUAUAUUGUGAGGACGCUUGUGCAGCACCUGAGAAUCGGGGCUGUAAAGACAACCAUGUUGAUUGCUCUAGCAAGAGCCUUCCAGCUAUCACGCCCAGCUCGUGCUGACUUUGCAAUCAGAGAUCGCGUAGAACUGACAAUGCUCAAAAAGGAAGAUUUGGCCUUGGUAUGGUCCAAGGCUGAAGAAGUUGUCAAGACUUGUUUCGCAAGACGACCCAGUUACAACGAUCUGGUCCCUGGUCUGCUAGAAGUAGGCGUAUCAGAAGAGCUAUUGUUACGUUGUGGACUAGCCCUACAUAUCCCACUGCGACCUAUGCUUGGAAGUAUCACCCGGGACCUGAGCGAAAUGCUCACUAAAUUACAAGGUCGUGAUUUCAGCUGUGAGUUCAAAUACGACGGACAACGAGCACAAGUCCAUUGUGAUGAAAACGGCAAGGUCUCGAUCUUCUCGCGCCAUCUGGAGGUCAUGACAGACAAAUACCCUGAUCUUGUCGCCCUUGUGCCCGAAAUCCGAGGCGACGGCGUUUCCAGUUUUAUCCUUGAAGGUGAAGUCGUUGCUGUGGACCAAAACACCGGAGAGCUCAAAACGUUCCAAACCCUUACCAACCGUGCAAAGAAGGACGUUGAUAUAGGCUCCAUCCAAAUCAAUGUCUGCCUCUUUGCCUUCGACCUCAUGUACCUCAACGGCGAGCCACUGCUCGACCGUCCAUUUCGCGAAAGACGAGGUCUUCUUCGGAGCAUGUUCGUCGAGAAACAACACCGGUUUACCUGGGUACAGAGCAUCGACGCCACAUCAGCUGAUUCAGAGACUGUCCUAGAAUUCUUCAAAUCUGCCACCGACAUCAAGUGUGAGGGAAUCAUGGUCAAGGUCUUGGACGAUCUCCCUAACCCAGAUCUGUCAAUGCCUGACACCGAAUAUUCCGAGGAAACAGACUCCGCUCUGGUUACAACAGGACCAGUAACGCCGAGCAAAAAGGGCAAGAAAGCGGCGGCGGCAGCAGCAGCAAAGAAGGAAACCUCAUCCGAGCGACAGCAGGACAAAGAAAAAGGCACGCGCCGCAAGGCCCUCCUCGCCUCCUACGAGCCAGACAAACGGCUCGACUCCUGGCUGAAGGUGAAAAAGGAUUACGCCACCUCAGCGGACACGAUCGACCUGAUCCCCGUGGCAGGGUGGCACGGGCAAGGCCGCAAAGCGAAAUGGUGGUCACCGAUCCUGCUGGCGUGCCGCAACCCGUCGACCGGCGCGCUCGAAGUCGUCACGAAAUGCAUCUCGGGCUUCACGGACAAAUUCUACCAAGCGAACAAGGAAAAAUACGCCGAGGGCGGCGACAACACGCUGGCGUCGAAGCCGGCGUACGUCGAGUACGGCGCGUACGAGCCGGACGUGUGGUUCGAGCCGCAGGAGGUCUGGGAGAUGGCGUUCGCGGACAUCACUCUGAGUCCGACGUACACUGCUGCGAUUGGGCUGGUGAGUGACGAGAGGGGCCUGAGUAUGCGCUUCCCACGGUUUCUGAGAGUCAGGGACGAUAAAGGCAUUGAGGAUGCCAGCACGGCCGAUUUCCUGGCGGACCUUUUUCGGAAGCAGGAGGCCAGGAUCCAGGCGGCGAUGGCGACGACGGCUGCUGGAGGUGGUGCACCGCUGGGUGGCGAUGAAGAAGAAGACCCAAAUCAAGAUGACGCUGGCGAACAGUAG